AUGCCACCAAAUUCAAAUCGUCGGGCUGAAUCAAAACUUUUCUCACAAGAAAGAAUUCAUAUUAUAAUAUUAACAUCAGUUGUCUGGAUAAUUAUUCUUCUAUCAAUUUUCCUCUUUACAAAUCAAUUUAGUUCAUCAAAUUAUUGUCCCCAAAAUACUCUUAUUAAAAAUGCAUUUUGUGGUAUUGGUCAAGUCUUAACUCAUUUUUGUUCGGAUUCUGAUCAACCUGAACAAAUUUAUAUUCCUUCUUCAAAAAGUCAAUCAAAGAAUAUUGUUGAAAAUCCACUAAAAGAAAAUCUAAGAACUAAAUAUAAAGAUGCUUAUGAACAAGAAACAUGUCAAAAAAAUGGAGAAUGUUCAGAUGAUGAACUAAUUUUUGAAGUUCCCGAUCAAUUUUCACAAAAAGAUCCAAAUCCAUCAAAUUGGCCAGGAGAAAUGGGUGAACCUUAUCUUCCACCACCACAUCUUCAAGAAGAAUCUAAACGACGUUUUCCAGAAAAUAUGUUUGAUAUUGCUGUUAGUGAUCAAAUAGCUUUAAAUCGUGCUAUGCCUGAUAUUAGAAAUGAACAUUGUAAAGCUCAUUCAAGAUUUCAUGGUCCAUUACCAAAUACAUCAAUCAUUAUUGUUUUUCAUAAUGAAGGAAAUUCAACAUUGUUACGAACACUUGUUAGUAUUAUUAAUAGAACACCAUGGAAAUUAAUUCAUGAAAUUAUUUUACUUGAUGAUGCUAGUGUUGAUAGAGAAUAUCUUCAUGAACCAUUGGAAAAAUUUAUUAAAACACUUCCUGUUCGAACAAUGCUUUUAAGAAAUGAAAAACGUUUAGGUUUAAUUAGUUCAAGAGUAAAAGCUGCCAAAAUAGCAACAGGAGAAGCAUUAAUGUUUCUUGAUUCUCAUGUUGAAGUACUGAAUGGAUGGCUUUUGUAUUUACUUGAAGAAAUACAAAAAGAUCGAAAAACAAUUGUAUGUCCAAUAAUUGAUGUAUUAACAUGGGAUGCAUUUCAAUUAUUACAAGGAGCAACUGAUAUAUUUGGAACAUUUAGUUGGAAAAUGAUAUUUCGAUGGUCAAAGGUUCAAGGAUUUUCAUUAUCAAAUCAAGCAUUACCUAUUCAAACACCAACAAUGGCUGGUGGACUUUAUGCAAUUGAUCGUCUUUAUUUUGAAGAAUUAGGAAUGUAUGAUGAAGGAAUUAAAAUUUGGGGUGGAGAAAAUCUUGAAAUGUCAUUUAAAUGUUGGAUGUGUGGUGGAAGAAUAAUAAUUCAUCCAUGUUCACAUGUUGCACAUGUUUUUCGAAAAGAAACUCCAUAUAAAUUUCUUGAAUCUGAAUCGGUUUUUGUAACAAUAUUUAAAAAUUAUAAACGUGUUGCAUUAGUUUGGUUAGAUGAAUAUAAACAAUUAAUUUAUGCUGUUAAUCCUGAUAUAAAACGUCUUAAUGGUGGUGAUGUUUCGGACAGAUUACAACUUAGAAAAAAUUUAAAUUGUUCAUCAUUUAAAGAUUAUUUAAAAAGAUUUCAAUUAAAAAAUUUUCCUUUCAAUCAUCGAUAUAUUGGAACAAUUUCGACAUCAAAUCAUCGUUGUUUAGAUUCUAUGAUGGGUCCAGAUGUAUCAAAAGGACUUAAUACAAAAGUUUUAGCUCAAACCUGUCAUAAAGAUGGUGGAAAUCAAAUAUUUUUAUAUACAACAUCAAAUAAAAUUUAUUUUGAUGAAUUAUGUUUGGAACCAGCUGAAGGAAAAUUAAAAGAUAAUCGAAAUAUAAUUUUUACAAUGUGUAAUGAUGAUCGUGGUGAACAAAAUUGGGAAUAUAAUGAACAGACACUUCAAUUAAAAAGUGAACAUUAUAAAGGAAAAUGUUUAGGUGUUAUAGGCGAUUCAAAUGUUAUGCUUACCCAAUGUGAUAUAAACAGUCCAAGUCAAAAAUGGACAUUUAACCAAGAAGUUGAAUUAUAUGAUUAA